UACUCCGAAAAGUUGAUUUUGGUUUUAGAAAAGUAAAAUAUUUAUCAUUUGACUUGAAAAUGGAAGAAUCUGUUGAGGAAUGUGAUUAUUUAGUGGAGGCCAAUCGUUUGGCUACUUUUAAAAAUUGGCCUAAUCCGAAUAUUUCACCGCAAUCACUGGCCAAAGCAGGUUUCUACUAUUUAAAUCGUUCGGAUCAAGUAAAAUGUGCAUGGUGCAAGGGCAUAAUAGCUAUGUGGGAGGAACAAGACGAUGCAUUUGAGGAGCAUAAGCGUUUCUUUCCCAACUGUCCACGCGUGCAAUUAGGUCCACUUAUAGAAAUGGCGAGCGAUGGCCUGCGUGAUUUGGGCAUACAACAAAUUUCUACACCGAAAAAGCCAAAAUUUUCCUCAUUGGAUUCACGACUACGCACAUAUGUCAAUUGGCCCAUACCUGAUAUACAGAAACCCGAUGCACUCGCACAAGCUGGGCUCUACUAUCAAAAUGUCGAAGAUCAAGUGCGUUGUUUUCACUGCAAUAUAGGUUUGCGUUCAUGGCAACGCGAAGAUGAUCCUUGGUUCGAGCAUGCAAAGUGGUUUCCUCAGUGCCAAUUCGUGCGUCUCGUUAAAGGGGCGAACUACAUACAGCAUGUACAGGAUCUGACGCGACAAUCAGGUCAUCAACCACACAACGAAAUUUCCAUUGAUGAAGCCAUGAUGACAGCACCCGUACUGCAGGCGCUCGAAAUCGGCAUUGAUGGUGGCUCAAUACGAAAUGCCACACAGCGGCAAUUAUUAGCUUGCGGGCGUCCAUAUGAAACAGUCGAAGAUUUAAUAAAAGCGGUAUUCGGUGAUCCUGACGAUGCUGAACCAAUCGCAAAUGGUCAGUGCACGGAAGGCGUUAGUGCUUCAUUGGCAGGCGAUGUUUCACGUUUAAUAAAUAUGCUAGAUGAAGCCGGCGUGGGUAGUAAUUGUGGUGAAAGUCAUAAUAACGCUACCAAUAGUACGACAACGUUGGAGCAAAGUAAUGUUGAGAAUCAAGUAUAUGGUAGUGCGUGGAAUGGACCGAGUUGUUCGGCGGCGGUAACCAAUGCCUUGCAAAUGAAAAACACUGGUGAUAACACAGAAAUAGCAGCUAAAACAGAUAAAGCCGAUGAUGCGUGCACAAACAAAGUAGCUAGCGAACAAACGCUCAAUAGAACCUUAUCACUGGAAGAAGAAAAUCGUAAACUGAAGGAUGCACGGUUAUGUAAAGUGUGUCUGGAUGAAGAAGUCGGUGUAGUGUUUUUGCCGUGUGGACAUUUAGUUACAUGCGUGCAAUGCGCACCCGGCGUUGGUCAGUGUCCCAUGUGUCGUGCCGACAUUAAAGGUUUUGUACGCACUUACCUAUCGUAAAUAGCUGAACAUUCUUCACUAUUUAUUUCCUCUCAAAAUGUGUUAUAUUAAUUUAUUAUACGGUAGUUGCUAUUAAAUUUGCUUUAGUACAUACAUACACAUAUACUUAUAUAAAUGUUAUGCUAGUUUGGAAUGGUAAAGUAAAUAUAAAUAAUGAUUUUACAAAUAUAUACACACAUAAAUAUAUAUAUGUACUUUAUAUAUAUAUCGAUAUAUAGAUAAAGUUAAACACUAGUAGCUUUUUACUUAUCAUUGAACGACAAACUAAAAAUUUUGUUUGUAUGAUAAACCUAUCUACCUUGCAAUAAAAUCAAAUCAUGUAUUUUAUCUGUUAUGUUUUUCGACUUUUAAAAAGUCAAAUUGAUACCAGUUCUCAUGAAUAUCGAAUGUAAUUUAUCGAAAUAUUGUGUUUUUUCUUUAGUGUAGUA